AUGCACUUCUCUCAAUACCCUCUCCGGCUGACGGACCUGGAGCGGCAGAAGCUGCAGCUCAUAGUGGCGGCACUGAAAGUGAGUGAGUAUACGGAUGAUGUCGAUGACUUCAUGCGCCCUUAUGGGAAGGAGGGCCGUAUGGAAGUGGCUAUGCGCGAGUUCAUCGACAUCGUUGUCGGACUCGCGAUUGCCUCGGAUGCCAUUCCACGUUCCGUGAAGAACUCUUUCCUCGCAGGGGAGGUUAAGGUGGCCACGGUCGUGCCGCUGCUGGAAGACCUCUUUGAGAUUAUGCGCCGCCACAAACGCCUGAACCCCUUCAGUCACCGCGGAGAGUUUGGCAAGCUAAUGAUGAUGCUGCAGGAUGUGCAGAAGCAGUCUAUUCAGCGCGCUCUUGCCAUUCAAAGCACGCUCGUCAUACCGGUGCGGACCGUGGAGGCGGCCCUCUCUAGUAUCCACUGCGAGACCCUCGCUGACGACGAGGUCGUCCGCACUGAUUAUCUGAAACGGAAGGGGGCUGAGAAGCAGGCUGGCAUGCAGAGCCUCAUCGAACGCUACGGGAAAGGCGAUGGGCACAGGAAGGAGGUCAUCGAGCACUGCCUGCGCAGCAUUGACGAUGUGUAUUCGUUCAUUCAGUUCAACACGCGGCCGCUUCGUACCUUGCGGCGCUGGUUGAGCCGCGACUUUGAGUCUCUUCCAUCGGACGACGUCUAUAGCAUCUCCAUUCGCCACGGCCGCGGCGGUGCCUGCUUUACGCACAGCCACGCGACGCACUGUCAGUACGUCGCCGAGUCGCUGCUGCUGUGGGAAAACGUGCAAAAGAAUAUUUUGAAUCUGUGGGAGGCCGCCGAGGACGACAUGCUCGUGGAGGGGCAGGGUCAAUACGUCGUAUCGAACACCGGGCAGGGGUUUCACCGCAUGUGCUCGGCACCGAGGAGCUACGGGGUCAUGUCUCGCCUCGUGCGCGACACGGAGCAGCGCAUGGGUGGAUGGGUUGGUAUAAAGGUAAUUCACCUCGGCGAUCGCGACGUGCCGAACCCUCUGGUGUUCAUCGACAAGUACACCGUCAUCCCUCGGCUGGUAAAACCGGUUGUGCAGACGCUGCAUGCGCUGCGCUACGUCUUCCACGAGGAGGACGAGGAAGAGGAAGGGCAGCCGCAGGUGGCGCACGAGUACGAUAACUACCCCGGUCUUCGAAACCUGCUGCGUUCCAAGUAUCAUAGCUACGCCGAGUUGAUGAUGAUGAUCCUGAGCGACUUCUUCAAGCACGCCUUUGACGGUUCUGGCGACGACGGCGGCAGUUGUAUCGACGGAAGGCUUACAUCCGCGUGGAACUGGUGCCAUCAGCUGCACAAGAAGAAGUACUACGACGCGUUCGUGUUGACAGGCUUUGCGGGGUUCGAUUGA